AUCCCGCCAAAUUCCCGCCAUUUUUCUAAUCUCCCUGGACGCUCUCUUGCACCGGAAGCAGCGUUCAGCGUCUCACUCAUUGAGUCACUUUGCUGGUUCUUGCGUCAAACUUUGAUGUUAACUUUCCGUUCAUGCAAUUUUCUGCUCUACAAAGCUUCUCAUUCGCUAAAGCCUCUUUCUUUGCACUCCCUUCCAUAUAAACCCUUCUCUCUUAAACCCCUUUCCUUUUUCAUUGUUGUAAACCUUCACUCACGCAGAAACAUGUCUUCUCGUCCGUCCGCCUUCGACGCACUUAUGUCCGGAGCUCGCGCUGCCGCCAAAAAAAAGCCGCCACCCCAGUCUUCUUCUUCUUCUCCGAAGAAACGCAAAACCCUAGAUACCCAAAUUCCUAAUCCAAUCGAAACCAGCGAUUCAUCAUUACUCAGUGAAAAGCCUCAGGAUUCGGUUAAACCUGCUAAGGCUCCCCUAAAGCCCAAUUCGAAUCGAUCUUUGCAGCCCCAAGAUUCGGGAAAUGAGGCCAAACAAGACCAUGAAAAGGCCAAGCAAAAGAAGGUAUUGAGCGAGAAGGAGAGAAUUGGGGAAUUGAAGAGCAAAGUGGGGCUUUUGAAGAAGAAGGCCGCUGAUUUUGACCCAAAAAAGGUGGCGUGUUGGGGGAAGGGAGAGAGAGUGCCGUUUCUUUUCCUCUCGUUGGCUUUUGAUAUGAUCUCGAACGAGACAGGGCGGAUUGUGAUCACCGACAUUGUAUGCAAUAUGUUGAGGACCGUGAUUGAUACAACUCCGGCGGACCUGGUGGCUGUCGUGUACCUUGCCGCCAAUAAGGUAGCCCCGGCUCAUGAGGGGUUGGAGCUGGGAAUUGGGGACGCGUCCAUUAUCAAGGCGCUCUCGGAGGCGUUUGGGAGAACUGAAGCUCAGGUUAAGAAGCAGUACAAGGAAUUAGGAGAUUUGGGUCUUGUAGCUAAAGCAAGCCGAUCAUCUCAAUCUAUGAUGCGCAAGCCUGACGCAUUGACGAUUGCCAAAGUUUUUGAAACAUUUCAGCUAAUUGCUAAGGAGGCUGGAAAGGAUAGUCAGGAGAAGAAAAAGAAUCGCAUUAAGGGACUACUUGUUGCAGCUACCGACUGUGAACCUCAAUACUUAAUUCGUUUACUUCAGGCAAAGUUGCGAAUAGGUUUAGCGGAGCAGACUCUUUUGGCUGCAUUGGGACAAGCUGCUGUGUAUAAUGAAGAACAUUCUAGGCCACCUCCCAAUGUUCAGUCUCCUUUAGAAGAGGCUGCAAAGAUUGUUAAACAAGUGUACUCUGUCCUUCCCGUCUACGACAAAAUUGUCCCUGCACUUCUUAGCGGUGGGGUGUGGAAUCUAGCAAAGACAUGCAACUUUACGUUGGGCAUCCCAGUUGGACCAAUGCUUGCGAAACCAACCAAAGGUGUAGCAGAAAUCGUAAAUAAAUUCCAGGACAUGGAAUACACAUGUGAAUACAAGUAUGAUGGAGAACGUGCACAGAUACAUUACAUGGAGAAUGGUUCGGUUGAGAUAUACAGUCGAAAUGCUGAGCGGAACACUAGCAAGUUUCCUGAUGUUGUUGUUGUAGUUUCAAGGUUAUAAACAUAUACCAU